GUUGAGACCGUUUAUCUACUGGAAUUUAUUUUUGCGUAUAGUAUGAGACAGGGGUCAGGGUAAUUCAACAGUCAGGCAUACAAAGAGCUAAAACAAACUGAAAAAGGGCGAAGGAGCGGCGAAUGUUCGAUUCCACUCCAGGUGUUUAUACAAGCAGGAUUAAGGUCAGAUCUUCGAACCAUUUCCGGUACAGGUCAAAACUGUCAAGGGGGUGAGAACUACUUGUAACGCAGCAAGUCUUAGCACUUUUAUGUUUCAGCUCCCUACUGUCAUCGGGAUGAUGAGAUGGUUUCCUAUCUAGGAACGAUGGGUGGGGUUCCUCUCCUCGCUUCCAGUCCUGGAGUAUCUACCCACCGAGAAUGCAGCCUACCGAGGGCGCUCAAAACAUCCCAAACUCACAGACCGAACCUCCCCAACAGAACAGCCCAACAGCGAAAGGCUGGGAAGAGCGACGACGCUCUGCGCAUGUGCGCUCUCCGGGGGUCGAAACUCGGACAGGCGCCGUUUGCCAAGUUGCGUCGUCCAGCGGGCGGCGCAUGCGCAAGCUCGGUUCUGGGCGCUCUGCGUGUCUCUGUAGGUCGGCGCGGGGCGCAGGGGCCGUUGGGAAGAUGGCGAGGGUGGGUCUGGGCGCUUGGGUACCCUGUCGCAGGUUGGGCCGGAUGGCCGUCUCCUUCGGCUUCCACCGUGGGCUCAGCACGUUACUUGCACCGAAGGCCGAGCGGGCGCCACGGUGGCUCCCAGCUUGCAGACAAAAGACCUCAAUCUCUUUCCUUAGUCGACCAGACCUUCCAAACCUGGCUUAUAAGAGGCUAAAAGGCAAAAGUCCAGGAAUUAUCUUCAUCCCUGGCUAUAUUUCUAAUAUGAAUGGUACAAAAGCACUGGCGAUUGAGGAGUUUUGCAAAUCUCUAGGUCACGCCUAUAUAAGGUUUGAUUACUCAGGAGUUGGAAAUUCAGAUGGUAACUUAGAAGAAUGCACAGUGGGAAAAUGGAGAAAAGAUGUUCUUUCUAUAAUUGAUGACUUGGCUGAAGGACCACAGAUACUAGUUGGAUCUAGCCUCGGUGGAUGGCUUAUGCUUCAUGCUGCAAUCGCACGGCCACAAAAGGUUGUUGCUCUUAUUGGCAUAGCUACAGCUGUGGAUGGCCUGGUGACACAGUUUAAUCAGCUUCCUGUUGAGGCAAAAAAGGAAAUAGAGAUGAAAGGUGUGUGGUCCAUGCCAUCAAAAUACAGUGAAGAAGGAGUUUAUCGCAUUCAGUACAGUGUCAUUAAAGAAGCAGAGCACCACUGCUUGUUACAUAGUCCUAUUCCUGUGAACUGCCCUAUAAGAUUGCUCCACGGCAUGAAGGAUGACAUUGUACCAUGGCAUACGUCCAUGCAGGUUGCUGCCCGAGUAGUCAGCACAGAUGUAGAUGUCAUCCUCCGAAAGAAUAGUGAUCAUCGAAUGAAGGAAAAAGCGGACAUUCAACUUCUGGUUUACACUAUUGAUGACUUAAUUGAUAAGCUUUCAACGGUAGUUAACUAGAAUCACAGUUUUAGUUGGAAUGUAAAGUAAUGGAUCCAGAAGAUGGAAGAGGGAUAACAGAUGAAGGACCCUGAUACUUAGAAGGUUUUUUUCUCUUAUCUCUACUUUGUAAAUAUCAUGUGAGUAUUUAAUGAUGUAUUUGCACAAGUGAUUCAGAUUUUGAAGAAAGUGCCAGCUGCUGUUUGAAAAAUUUUCUCCUUCCUUCAAUCCUUGAUUUUUUUCAUCAAAAUAUUUCCUAUUUUUUUAUUCAAGAGAUGUUUACCUUCUAAUGCUUAUGUUAACUAUGCCAGCUCUUACUUAGAAUUGCUAAUAAAACUUGAUUUUUUUGUUUUUUGUUUGGUAUCAUUGUAUAUGGAGAUUUGCAAAAUUAUUUCUGAUUUUAAAAUGCAGUUUACAAGAUAUAGGAAAAUGUUUACUGAAAUAAAUCUAAAAUGACUAGAGAAAUGUCUGAAGCAUA